UAUGAAACUACACGUCAUCAUCCAGCGUCCGUUCAAAUCAACGACAGCGGGAUUUUAGCCGCUUUUAAAAAGGGAAAUAUAAAUCCCUUUACUUGUAAAAAUCGAUAAAUACAUCAGUUUGAGAUGAUAGAUAUGAUUGAGAAGGAAGACUCCAUCAUUAGCGAGGAAGAGGCGGCUCAGUAUGACCGGCAAAUCCGACUAUGGGGUCUGGAUGCACAAAAGAGGCUGCGGGGGUCUCGUGUGCUUCUGGUUGGGCUCAGGGGCCUGGGGGCUGAAGUGGCCAAAAAUCUCAUCCUGGCUGGAGUGAAGGGGUUAACCUUGCUUGACCAUGAACAGGUGACAGAGGAGUCGUGUCGAGCCCAGUUCCUAAUCCCGGUUAGCGCUCAGGGCCAGAACCGAGCUCAGGCCUCUCUGGAGCGAGCCCAGUACCUCAACCCCAUGGUGGCGGUCAAGGCAGACACUGACAGGGUUGAGGAGAAACCAGAUGAGUUCUUCCUUCAGUUUGAUGCAGUGUGUUUGACAGGCUGCUCCAGGGAUCUGAUGAUACGAGUGGACCAGCUAUGUUCCCAGAACAACAUCAAAGUGUUCUGUGGUGAUGUAUUUGGUUACCAUGGAUACAUGUUCUCCGACCUUGGCCUGGAGCACAACUAUGUUGAGGAGAAGCCAAAAGCAGUUAAGCCCAAAACAGAGGAGUCCAAUGAACACGAUGGGCCUGAGGCCAAGAAGCCGAAGGUCGACCCCAGCGAGACCACCAUGAUCAAGAAGACGGCCAGCUUCUGCUGCUUGAAAGAUGCUCUGGAAGUGGAUUGGACCAGUGAGAAGGCCAAGAGUAGUCUGAAGCGCACGCCCGUGGACUACUUCCUACUGCAUGUGCUGCUGAAGUUCCGUACAGACAAAGGUCGUGACCCCAACCCAGAAAGCUUUGCGGAGGACUCUACUCUCCUGAGGCAGAUCCGCGACGACGUCCUGGAGGCCAUGACUUUGAGCAGCGAGCUGCUGCCCCACGACUUUGUCAGUUACUGCUUCUCAGAGAUGGCCCCUGUGUGCGCCGUGGUGGGGGGCGUGCUGGGACAGGAGGUCGUCAAGGCUCUUUCCCAGAGAGAUGCGCCACACAGGAACUUUUUCUUCUUUGAUGGUAUGAAAGGCAGUGGAGUGGUGGACUACUUCGGUCCAAAUUGAUCAACCACAACCCCCACCGAAGGAGGGACAGAUGUGUGCCAUGGACACGGUCUGCACACACGACGCCACUGGAUAUUGACAUGUCAUUCUAAUUUUGUGUCUGAUUGGUUCUCAGUGUAUUCACCUUAGCUGAAAGUGACUGUUGCAGUAGAAUGUGUUGUUAUAUAUGGACUCUUUUUUCUUUUUCUUCUUUUCAUACUUACUCAUACAGAUUUGCAGUACACGUUUUAGAAUGACUCUUUGCUUUGUUGGCUUCUGUCAGACCGUUGUUUCAAGAACACAGUUGGAUUUUUACAUUUUGUAAUAAAAAUAUUGUGAAGUAUU